AUGAUCAACGCCGUCCUGGUUUUCAAUAACAAUGGCCAACCGCGUCUGACCAAGUUCUACACACAGCUGGAUACAGCUGUCCAGCAACGUCUGAUUUCCGAGAUCUUUGCUCUCGUCUCGGCUCGUCCUUCGUCGUCAUGCAACUUCCUACCGUUACCACCUCUUCUUGCUCCUGCUCAGUCCUCGGCCGCUGUCUCGGAUUCUCUCAACGACGUUCCCUCUCUGGUCACCUACCGCCACUAUGCAACUCUCUACUUCAUUGUCAUCAGCACUAGUACCGAGUCUCCCUUAGCUCUGCUCGAUUUGAUACAAGUCUUUGUCGAAUCGCUAGACAGGCUCUUCGAGAAUGUCUGUGAACUCGACCUCAUCUUCAACUUUGAAACGCUACAUGCAGUUUUGGGCGAAAUGAUAGUUGGUGGCGUAGUAAUAGAGACUGGUUUGGAUAAAGUGGUACAGGGAGUAAAGGCUCAAGGAAAGGUUGCUAAGCGGCCUGUCAACGAAGGCAGCCGUACUGGUGGUCUUGGACCUGGUAUCUGGGCUGGCAGGUGA